AUGGACUCUAUAUUAAAAUGGAAGGCAGCCGUGCUGAUUGGGCUUCUUGCUGCAGAGUCAUCCUAUGCGCUUCCUCAGCCCAUGGGCUCUCUGGCAGAGAGUAUCCUGGCACGAACACAGACCCAGCCGGAUAGACCCUUCAAGACUCAAUAUCCACCUCCGCACGAAAGGAUUUCGAUUCCUAGGCAAAAGCCAAUCUAUCAUUCUGCGUUGGAACGUGACGGUCAAGAGUCGCGGCUCCCGUUUCCGACGGUCUCCGUAGAGUCCUCGCCAGAUCAGCAGUCUGCCGACGGCUCUGUUCCUCAUCGCCCAGCUAAACUCCGCCCUCGCCCUCGUCCUCAUUCUUCUCCUCAUCGGCCUGGUUCUUCUGGAAAGACGCAUGGCCUGGGCGACCUGGGCGACCAGGAUAUCUUUCAGCCUGUGGGUACAGGCCCAGUACCGGAUGUCAUUAGCACUCGACAAGACUACCCAGUUUCGAAGAAGCAUGUCAAUGCUACAGGGCCAGUUGAGACCAACAAGUUCUAUGCCGGAUUCUUCUUAGGAUCUCAAACCAGUGCCAGCUUCACGCAGCCCUACACUCUCACAUGGUUAGGUGGAGGCGGAACCCUCAAGAGCUGGGGCAUGGCCGCCUGCCAUGAUGAGCAAACCUCGCUCGCCUAUGGUCCCAAGGAGUCUAAUCUGCCUGGGGAACCUGUGGAGUACUACAUUAACCCAACUGGGCUACAACCCAUUGUUCUGUCGGCAAAUGAAUUCGCAAACUCCACCCAGCUCCAAGUCGAGCAGCCCAUGGCAUUCUCGGCCCAGGCUGUUCUAUCGCGUCCCAGCUCGCCAUCCCAGCGAAUUGUCUUUCCAGUUGUCCAAGGCAUGGGAUACGUGACGGCCAUUUACAGCAAUCUACAGCCUAUAAUCCAGAGUGGAACGUUCUUCAGCAAAGUCGUCAGCGCAGGCUCUCCCAGGAGCGGUAUCUUCAAGUAUCGCGUUGAACUCAAUGACAAUUCUUCCUGGCUCAUUUAUGCCACUCCUACGGACGGUACCGAUCCAGACUUCAAGUUGGACUCCAAAGCAAACCUCCGUGGGCCAAGUGGAUUCUCCGGUACGAUUCAGGUGGCCAAGAACCCUUCGGGUGCUUCUGGGGAGAAAUUUUACGACACUUCGUGCGGUGUGUAUCCAGUUGCAGGACACGUUUCUGGGUCAGUGAACGGCAAGGUAGGCACCUACAGCCUCGGCUGGACUAAGUCAGGCAAGGAUGUACAAGACACUCCCUUGCUUAUGUUCGCUCUACCUCAUCAUGUCGAGUCUUUUGAUGCUAGCACCAAGGCGGGCGUGACCGACAUGACCUUGCGCACUACUACGAAGGGUAAUGCGACGGCAGUCGUUGGAGGGGCUUGGAGCAUGACCGAGCCUAGUCUGCCGGUCGAUAUUGGUUUUGCUCCCUGGACACCGACGAUUGGCAACGUUUUGAAUAUUUCCACAACCGCCCUCAAGACUAUUCUUAGUGUGGCUCCUGAGGAACUGAAUCAAGACAUUGAGAGCCAAACGAAUCUUAACAGCAUGUACUACAGUGGAAAGGCCUUGAGUAAGUUUGCGACGUUGGUCUACACCGUCAAUACAUUGGGCAACGACAUCGAACUCGCUGCGUCAGCGUUUGGAAGACUAAAGUCAUCCUUUGAGCGAUUUUUGAAUAAUACACAACAGUAUCCGCUUGUUUAUGACGCUGUGUGGAAAGGCACUGUGUCAUCGGCAGGGUACAAUGGCGACUUGAACGCUGAUUUCGGAAACACCGCCUACAACGAUCAUCAUUUCCACUACGGUUACUUUAUUCAAGCGGCAGCUAUUAUUGGAUCUCUUGAUCCGGUAUGGCUAGCUGAGAAUAAAGAUUGGGUCAACAUGCUGGUCCGCGAUGCAGGAAACCCUGCUACGGAUGACCCCUACUUCCCCUUCUCGCGCUCGUUUGACUGGUUCAACGGGCACUCAUGGGCUAAGGGUCUUUUUGAAUCCUUUGAUGGCAAGGAUGAGGAAUCCACCUCGGAAGACGCUCUGUUCGCUUACGCUGUGAAGAUGUGGGGACAAACUACCGGAGAUGCUAGCAUGGAAGCGCGCGGUAACAUGAUGCUGGGCAUUAUGCAACGAUCACUGCACAACUACUUCCUCAUGGAGAAUGACAACGUCAACCAGCCCUCGAACUUUAUUGCGAACAAAGUGACCGGUAUUUUGUUCGAGAACAAGGUUGAUCAUACCACCUACUUCGGCUCUGAGUUGGCAUAUAUUCAAGGGAUUCACAUGCUGCCUCUCAUUCCUAGUUCCGCCUACACGCGCCAGAACCAAUUCGUUACCGAGGAAUGGAAUGCAAUGUUUGCGUCUGGAGCAGCAUCCCCUGCCGAAAACGUGGAUGGGGGAUGGAAGGGUAUAUUAUACGCCAACCUUGCGAUAAUCAACCCUACGGCAUCUUGGGAGUUCUUCGCCCAAUCGAACUUCUCCUAUAGCUGGCUCGAUGGUGGUGCGUCGCGUACUUGGUACCUGGCGUAUGCAGCCGGUUUGGGAGGUGUUCCGUAA